GGACCGUGGCCAGCUCUCCCUCGGGGCUCUUGGCUGCAAUACAGUCAGCCCUGGCACCACCCACUGGCCUACUCAGACACUCCUUCAGGUCCAGGGGCCAGAGCCCUGCUAGGAGGAGCCGCCUAGGGGCAGGCUGGGCUGGGCAUGCAACUCUCCGCCACCCCUCCCUGCGGCCUCCUGCCUCCUCCCCUUCUGCCCACAUCCAGCUCCAGCUGGGUUUGAAAGAGGUGCUCCAAUCCUCUCUCCUUCCAAAGCAGGCCCUGCCCUGUACUCUCUCCUUUUAGCUGGAAGCUGUAUCCAUAAACUGGGUCUCCCUUGUUGGCCUGAUGGUUUAUCUGCUGGGAGAACCCCGUAAACCUGGCCAGCUGCCCUGUCCCCUAGCCCUCACUCCCACCCCUGCUCACAGCAGCACAAACUUCCAGGCCUGAGGGACCGCUUCCAGGAGCCCUCUCCCCCCCUCCAGGAGUUCUAUCUUCAUGACUGCAGAACCCGGUUCCUUAAUGGACCCCGAAGAGUGCUCUGUGGACCCUGCCCCACGCCGACAAGCCACAGGUGCUUUCUCUCCUCACAAGACCUGAGGCUCCGAGGGUGGCACUCCAUGGUGCCCCACCUCCACCCAGGCAGUCAGAACCAAACCUCAACUUGUGGGCACACAGCCAACACUUCUGGAUUGAUCCUGACUGCAUCCAGGUCAUGCGUUGGCACCUUCACCCACGGGGCCUGGGAGUGGAGCGUGGAGUUGUGCUUGAUUGGGUAUUUCAUUAGCACCUCUGUGGACAAAGGGAUUUGACUUUUCAUUCUUUGGUCUGGGUGUUCCGGGAGUUUUUGAUAAAAAGCUAUGGAGUCAUCCAGUCUUGGAAACUGUCCACCUGCCCUGAUUAAGCACCUUCCCUUCUGACCUCCAGCGCUCAAUUCCCUGACUUCACACCCCCUCCCCUUCCCUCCCCUGCCUUCCUCAUCCCUCCCUGCUUCCAGACCUCUCUGCCCCCCCACAGGCUGCUACCCGUGACCCCCUACCAUACAGAGAAAAUCUGACAAACUCCUUCCAGCCCUUUGUAGGGACUCUUGCCCCGAACGCAUGGGUAUUUACAGUUUUAGAACUACACAGAGAGAGACCCUUCCUGCCUUCCUGAAGCAAAUUUGCCUGCCUGGAGCAGGCUCUCUGCUGGGUGUGCCCCACAACGGGAUGAAUCAUUAACACUGGGAUUUCAGGCAGGGGGCACCUGCUGGAGGAGGCAUUUAAGUCUGAACCAUUCUUCCUGGCGUGCUGCAAACCCUCCGUCCCAUCCUUGGCCUUCAUAGAGUGAUGGACCUUUGGGGUUUACCUUUGGCUUUGGGGUGCUUUCAUGUUGGUGGCAGAGGUGGUGAGGUCCAGGCCUCUCUUUGGUCUCGUUUGUUCCCUGCUGAUUCUCCAUCUCACACUGGGGAGCUGGUUACCGGGGAAGAAGGAUCCCACCCCCUACCCCCUGCUCCUCCCCCACUUCUGAGAACUGCCAGCCUAGGUACCAAGGAGUUCAUGAAGGUCCCCCCCGCCCCAAAUGAAGGACAGUUAUUGGGGAAUAGGGCCGACAGCAGCAGGCGCCUCCUAGCUGGCACUUUUUGAAAAGGGCGUGGUGUGUGGUUUCAAGGAACAGUUUGGGCAAGGGCGCCCCACCACACCUUUCUGGGAUUGGUGGCUGGCCCACCCCAAAUGUGGACUGUUGGGUCUCUGGUUGGCAUUUCUGAGUCAGUCUUAGAAAGGAGCAAAGCCAAAGCAAGUCUGGUGAUACUGUUUGUUGUUGGGGAGGAGCAGCCGUAGGCACCCCCCACCUCAGGCCUCAGGACUCCUUCUGGGCCAGGUUCCCCUGGGCAACCCAGUGGAGGGUUCUCUGCCUAUUUCCUGCACCUCCCUCUUUGUCACUUGCCACUUGAAUGCUUGCUGUGCAGUGUUUUAUUUGGGCUCCGGCUGAGAACAUGGCCAAUGGCAUUGACGAGCUGAUCGGCAUUCCCUUCCCCAACCACAGCAGCGAGGUCCUCUGCAGCCUGAACGAGCAGCGGCAUGACGGGCUGCUGUGUGACGUGCUCCUGGUGGUGCAGGAGCAGGAAUACCGCACCCACCGCUCGGUCCUGGCCGCCUGCAGCAAGUACUUCAAGAAGCUCUUCACGGCCGGCACCUUAGCCAGCCAGCCCUACGUCUACGAGAUCGACUUUGUCCAGCCCGAGGCGCUGGCCGCCAUCCUGGAAUUUGCCUACACCUCCACGCUCACCAUCACCGCCUCCAACGUCAAGCACAUCCUCAACGCCGCCAGGAUGCUGGAGAUCCAGUGCAUCGUGAACGUGUGCCUGGAGAUCAUGGAGCCCGGGGGGGACAAGGAGGACGACGACGAUGACGAGGAGGACGAUGAUGAGGACGAAGAGGAGGAGGAGGAGGAGGAAGAAGAGGACGACGACGAUGACACAGAGGAUUUUGCUGAUCAAGAAAACUUGCCUGACCCACAGGACAUCAGUUGCCACCAAAGCCCUUCCAAGUCGGACCACCUCUCGGAGAAGGCCUAUUCGGACACACCCAGGGACUUCCCCGACUCCUUCCAGGCCGGCAGCCCUAGCCACCUGGGCGUGAUCCGGGACUUCUCCAUCGAAUCUCUGCUGAGGGAGAACCUGUACCCCAAAGCCAGCCUCCCCGACAGGAGACCCUCCUUAUCUCCAUUCGCCCCGGACUUCUUUCCGCACCUCUGGCCAGGGGACUUCGGUGCCUUUGCCCAGCUGCCUGAGCAGCCCAUGGACAGUGGGCCCCUGGACCUGGUCAUCAAGAACCGCAAGAUCAAGGAGGAGGAGAAGGAGGAGCUGCCCCCACCCCCACCGCCGCCCUUCCCCAACGAUUUCUUCAAGGACAUGUUCCCGGACCUUCCCGGGGGGCCGCUGGGCCCCAUCAAGGCGGAGAAUGACUACGGUGCCUAUCUCAACUUCCUGAGCGCCACCCACCUGGGGGGCCUCUUCCCGCCCUGGCCGCUGGUGGAGGAGCGCAAGCUGAAGCCCAAGGCCUCUCAGCAGUGCCCUAUCUGCCACAAAGUCAUCAUGGGGGCGGGGAAGCUGCCGCGGCACAUGAGGACCCACACCGGGGAGAAGCCAUACAUGUGCAACAUCUGCGAGGUCCGCUUCACCAGGCAGGACAAGCUGAAAAUCCACAUGAGGAAGCACACGGGGGAGCGGCCCUAUCUGUGCAUCCACUGCAAUGCCAAGUUCGUGCAUAACUACGACCUCAAGAACCACAUGCGCAUCCACACGGGCGUGAGGCCCUACCAGUGCGAGUUCUGCUACAAGAGCUUCACGCGCUCUGACCACCUGCACCGCCACAUCAAGCGCCAGAGCUGCCGCAUGGCCCGGCCCCGGCGCGGCCGCAAGCCCGCGGCCUGGAGGGCCGCCAGCCUGCUUUUCGGGCCCGGCGGCCCGGCCCCAGAGAAGGCGGCCUUCGUGAUGCCCCCCGCGCUGGGCGACGUGGGUGGCCACCUGGGCGGAGCCGCCGUGUGCCUCCCGGGCCCCAGCCCAGCCAAGCACUUCCUGGCCGCACCCAAGGGCGCGCUGAGCCUGCAGGAGCUGGAGCGGCAGUUCGAGGAGACGCAGAUGAAGCUGUUCGGGCGCGCCCAGCUCGAGGCAGAGCGGAACGCGGGGGGCCUCCUGGCCUUCGCGCUGGCCGAGAACGUGGCCGCCGCGCGGCCCUACUUCCCGCUGCCCGACCCCUGGGCCGCGGGCCUGGCCAGCCUCCCGGGGCUCGCCGGCCUCAACCACGUGGCCUCCAUGUCUGAAGCCAACAAUUAGGCUGGUCCUUGUCCACUCCGGUCCUGCUUCCCCGUCCCCUCCCAGGCCCACCUGCCCCAUCCGAUGGGUCUGAACUUUUUAUUUCAAAAGGAAAAAAAAGAAAAAGAAAAAAAAAAAAAAAUAGCAGCAGCAGUGGUAUUUUCCGGGCCUCCUGAGGCAGCUGCCUCCCCUUUGCUGGUGUCUGAGAUGGGUGUCUUCUCCCAAAAGGCCUGGCCUCUCCCUGGCCGCCUCUCCCUGGCUGCCUCUCUCUGCCCUCAAAGAGAAAUUCACAGGGGCCCAUAUCACAGCGGGGCCCCAGGCCACGUGUCCCAAAGCACCUUGGAGCUGUGAGAGUCUAGAAGGAGGGAGGUGGCUUGGCCAGACGCAGACCAGAUGGAGCAGGGAAGAGGGUAGGGUCCUGAGACACACACCCUGUGGGCCCCACUGCUCUGUGGUGGAGUCCCUGCUAUCUCGGUUCUAAUGGCUUCAUUUUCCCAGUCUCCAGUGGUCCUAGGACCCUUAGGGGAGAUGCCCUGUUGGCUGGGAGGCCUCCUGGAGUCAGGAGCGAGGCUCCUGGAAUCCAGGCCCAUUUUCCCCUCCCUGGCCUGUGACCUUGGACCUCUUCACCCUCUGUACCCCAGUUUCUCCCUGCUGUGAAAGAGGGCUGGUGAUUUCAUUUCCCUUUCCCAUCCACCCACAUGCUCAUAUCUGCCCAUCCCUCCAAAGAGAAGCCUGAAGAGAGCAGGAGCUUGCACUCCUAAUGUCCCUGGUGAUACUAUUUUACUGGACUUAGUUUUAUCACAACCGUCUUUACAUUAGCACAGGUGAGAAAUGUGGCCAUGCUAGACAGGGUGACAGAGGAAGAGGGCUUGGGUGUGGCUUGUCCACAGCCCCCAAGCAGCUUUGGGGAACUCCAAAUCCUACCUCCCCUAGGGGCAUAUCCGGAGACGACCACCUAGCAUGGUCCCCACCUCCACAUACCCCCGGCAAUGCCAUAAGGAGUCUUUCAGGACUCCUGGGGCCAACACAGAAAGACAGGGGCCACCUCUCAACACCUGGCCGUUGCCUCCCUCCAUCUGAUUCCCAGAAACAAAGCGCCUAGUUACCCAGGUGUAUGUUCGCUUUUCGGUUGUGGGCUUCUUGGGGCUUUGGCACUGCUGUGUUUGAACACCCACAGCCCCUCCCUGGCCCCCUGAGGAGGAAGCCGGGUGUCCGGUGUGGGGAGUCUGAGCCUUGGCUCCAGGACGGGCGUGGAGGGCUCUGUGAGUGAGGGCUGUCCACCCCCUCUCCCAGGCUUUCCAGUGGGUAGCCAUCCUGAGAAGGAAGACAGCUGGGGCCUUCCUGAUCUCUCCACUUUCCUGCCCUGCCCCUUUUCUUGCUGAGUUUGCUUUUGUUUCUCAGUAGCCCAGAAGGGAGGCGAGUUCAUCUGGGGGGGGUGGGCAAGGGCUGGUGUCCCCAACCCUGGAGCUGUGGGCACAGAGACUUCGGCUCUUCCUAUUGCCUUGGCUUCUUCCUGAGCAAACACAAAAAAACAAAAAGGCCAGAGAAGACCACAGACUCUGUCACUCUCCCAGCUCCCCCACUCGCUGGAAGAAACCCCUGCCUCCACACACCACCUCUGGCCCUUUGAGUAGAGGGAGCUGUUGCUGACACCCUGUGGUCCUUGGAUGUCAUCUGCUGGGCAGCGCCUCUCAGCUUCCCUUCUCCAUCUCUGCCCUUCGCUUCUGGGACCCACCAGCCAACAUGCCCACGUACCCCCUCCUCAGUCAAGGGAGUGGGGCUGACCCAAACUUUAAGAGAAAACAAGGAAAGAUGAACAAAUUAGAAUCCAGUGGUGUUGGGGCUUUUGUUUUUAUUUUGUAAAGGUAAUGACUUCUUAUAAACUCAAUUUUUCAGACGACUGGUUAGUUCGUUUUGUUUUCUCUUGGCUGCAAUUUGGAGUUGUACAUUGUAAAAUAUCCAAAGAUGUCGAGUACUGUAUGAUCAAGAACUUGAAGCAAAUGGGUCGUAGGAAUGUUUGUGUUUUGUUUCCUUUUUUUUUUCUUUUGGAUGUUCCGAUUUCCCUGUCUGUCUGUGGGAGAACUUUGGAAGUUUUUCUAUUUAUAACUUUUUUAUGUGAUUGCUUUAUGUAAAAUGACGCUCAACAAGGUUUGCCUUAGUGAUUCAAGGGACAAUCUUCCAUAACUUUGGUCGCACGCCGCAUCCCGCCAAGAAAAACUCUCAGCUAAUUUUCUGGCCUAUUUAUUAAACAGUAUUAACUGACUUGAUGAAAUGAUA